AUGUCGAGAAUAUUCGAGGUUCCAUCCUCCAUUGCAGAACUUGAGAAGCUACUGAUUCUUGAUGUGAAAGCAUGCCAUAAUUUGGAAAGACUACCUGAUGAUAUUUCAUCAAUGAAAAGUCUGACACACCUUAUUAUGUCUGAUUGUUGCUUACUGGAGGGCAUGCCAAAGGGGAUUGAGAAGCUGAGUAAUCUGGAAGUACUGAAGGGAUUUCUAAUAAGUACUUCUGAAAAGACUCCUUGCGAAAUAUCAGAUCUGGUAAAUUUGAGAAAACUAAGGCGACUCAGCAUACGUAUAGGAAGUGAGGCCAUGAUUAGGGAUGGGGAGUUUGAAAGUUUGAGAUUUUUUUUUGCACUGAAACAUCUUAAAAUAUCUUGGAGCGUGUCUGACCCAAAGUAUGAUAAAAUUAAUGUCGUUUUACCAUCAAGUUUGAGAAAGUUGCAUCUUGAAUGUUUUCCUGGAAAGUCUUUGGAAGAAUGUUUUAUGCCACUCCUUCCUAGGUUCGUGUUCAUAUCGAUGGAGCUAAAGAUAACGGGAGGAAAACUGGAAAGUAUGAAAGUAGAUUUUCCAUAUGGUGGAGUAUGGAAUCACUGCGUCUGA